CUUAAUACGCCCAAUACCACCACACCACCGUAUUUUUUAAAUGGGAAAAAUCGCUGGGUAUAUAAAAGACGGGUGGGUGUGAUGGUCCUGAGAACAUUUACUGAUUUUAUUUGGAGUAAAAAUGAAUAUUUUCGAAUGGUUUUUAUUUUCAGUGGUCUCGCUGGUUAGUUUCGUGUUUGUUAAAGCUGGCGGCGGAGGUGGGGACCAUGAACAUGUAAAAAUCAUCGUACCGGAAUACCAUCACACCCAUCACCAUCAUGAGACUGUUUAUAAGACGAUCCAUCAUGGAGGUGGUGGAGGUGGAGGACACAGUCAUGGAGGGAAACCGUUUAGUUUUGGAGAACAUGGAGGAUGGUGAUCUAACGAAUUUUUUUAUGAAAUUGUUUAUAUUAAACUUUUAUAUUAGGGAAAUUGUUUGUUGUUACGUUUAUUAUAAUAAUAAAGUUUGUUUAUACUGAUAA